GAAGCCUGUUUCGUUAAACAUGGAUGAAGUAGAGCAGAGGCCAACUGCGGGAUCCCGGUUAGGAGUUCAGGAGAAUGCUGGGAUAAGUACUUUGGAACACGGACAAAAACUGCCUGCAACGCCUACAGGAAAACUUACUUCUAUCAAAAUCCAAAUGCUAGAUGAUACGCAGGAAAGUUUUGAAGUUCCGCAAAGAGCUCCAGGGAAGGUUUUGCUAGAUGCAGUCUGCAGUCACCUAAACCUUGUCGAAGGUGACUAUUUUGGCCUUGAAUUUCUGGAUCAUAAAAAGAUAAUGGUAUGGCUGGACCUUUUGAAACCAAUUGUGAAACAGAUCAGAAGGCCUAAACAUGUAGUUGUAAAAUUUGUGGUGAAAUUCUUCCCGCCUGAUCAUGCUCAGCUGCAAGAAGAGUUAACAAGGUACCUAUUUGCGUUGCAAGUAAAGCAGGAUUUGGAAAAAGGAAGGCUAACUUGUAAUGAUACCAGCGCUGCUCUCUUAAUCUCACACAUUGUACAGUCUGAGAUUGGGGAUUUUGAUGAAACCGUCGAUCGUGAACACUUAGCAAAGAACAAGUAUAUACCUCAGCAAGAAGCAUUAGAAGACAAAAUCAUGGAAUUUCAUCGUAAUCAUAUUGGACAAACACCAGCAGAAUCAGAUUUCCAGCUGCUUGAGAUUGCCCGCCGUUUGGAAAUGUAUGGAAUCCGGUUGCAUCCAGCCAAGGACAGAGAAGGAACAAAGAUCAACUUGGCAGUUGCCCAUACGGGCAUUCUGGUGUUUCAGGGUCACACCAAGAUUAAUGCCUUCAACUGGGCUAAAGUUCGAAAGCUGAGCUUUAAGAGGAAGCGUUUUCUUAUUAAGCUGCGGCCAGAUGUCAAUAGCUCCUUCCAGGACACACUAGAAUUCCUGAUGGCCAACCGGGAUUUUUGCAAGGCCUUUUGGAAGAUCUGUGUGGAACACCAUGCCUUCUUCAGGCUCUUUGAGGAACCCAAACCAAAGCCCAAACCUGUUCUCUUUACUAGAGGUUCAUCCUUUCGGUUCAGUGGCCGAACUCAGAAGCAGGUUCUUGACUAUGUUAAAGAAGGAGGGCACAAGAAAGUCCAGUUUGAAAGGAAACACAGCAAGAUCCACUCUGUCAGGAGCCUGACCGCAAAGCCUUCCGGACAGCAUUCAGAGGUGCCAACGCAAAGCUGUAGUUUUACAUAUGGCGACAGUGCCGAUUCCCCGGUUGAGCAGAGCUGCCGGCAGGGGAAAGAACUGAAAGUCUCGGUGGAAGAUGGCGGGCAGCGGGCAAGCCCUUCCCUAAAGAAGAGCCCAAAGGAAGGCAGGAGGCUGGACAGGGCAGCAAUGGCCACCAUGGAGGAAGAGGAGGAGGUUGUAAAGGACAGACCACAGCACAGUAGACCUCAGGCACAGCAGCCGAGCACAGGCUCUCUUGCUGGCAGCCCUCACCUUUCAGAACUGUCAAUCAAUUCCCAAGGAGGACCAGCCAUGGCCAAUGUGACGUUAUCUCCUAAUCUGAGCCCCGAUAAUAGGCAGGCUUCUCCACUGGUUAGCCCUCUGCUGAAUGACCAAACUGGCAUUCGAACUGACGAUGAAGAGGAAGUCAGGAGAAAGAGGUUUCCAACGGAUAAAGCAUACUUCAUUGCGAAAGAAGCAUCCACGACAGAACGAACUUACCUGAAAGACCUUGAAGUCAUCACAUCGUGGUUCCAGAGCUCAGUGAGUAAAGAUGACUGCAUGCCGGAUACCCUGAAGAAUCUCAUCUUUUCCAACUUUGAACCUUUGCACAAAUUCCACACCACCUUUCUAAAGGAAAUAGAGCAACGCCUUGCCCUUUGGGAAGGGCGCUCUAAUGCCCAUUUGAAAGGAGAUUACCAAAGAAUUGGGGACGUUAUGCUGAAGAACAUUCAGAGUAUGAAGCAAAUGACAAUUCAUCUACGGAAGCACAGCGAGGUUCUGGUUGAGCUAGAGAACGGGAUCAAGAACUCACGCAAGUUGGAAACUUUAUGCAGGGACUUUGAGAUGCAGAAAGUUUGUUACCUACCCCUCAAUACCUUCCUGCUCAGGCCUCUGCACCGGCUUAUGCACUACAAGCAGAUAAUGGAAAGGCUCUGUAAACAUUAUCCACCAAAUCACGUGGACUUCAGGGACUCCAGAGCUGCUCUGGCAGAGAUCUCAGAGAUGGUGGCUCAGCUCCACAGUAGUAUGCUGAAGAUGGAAAACUUCCAGAAGCUGCAUGAAUUGAAAAAAGAUUUGAUAGGCAUCGACAAUCUGGUGAUUCCAGGAAGGGAAUUUAUUAGGUUGGGCAGCCUUAGUAAGUUGUCUGGAAAAGGCUUACAGCAGCGGAUGUUCUUCCUGUUCAACGAUGUCUUGCUAUACACAAGCAGGGGCCUGACAGCUUCAAAUCAAUUUAAAGUCCACGGACAGCUUCCACUGUAUGGCAUGAUGAUAGAAGAGAGUGAAGAAGAAUGGGGGGUUCCUCACUGCUUUACACUGAGAGGUCAGCACCAGUCCAUCGUUGUUGCUGCGAGCAGCCGCUCUGAAAUGGACAAGUGGAGCGAGGACAUACAGAUGGCAAUUGACCUGGCUGAGAAAUGUAAUGGCCCCGCUCCUGAAUUUCUGGGGAGUAGCCCACCUGACACUAAGUCCCCAGAGGAGCCAACUGUAGAUCAAGAAUCGGAGGACGAUCUCAAUGCAUCGCGCACUUCACUUGAACGUCAAGCUCCUCACCGUGGCAACACUACGGUGCACGUCUGCUGGCACAGAAAUACCAGCGUUUCCAUGGUCGACUUUAGUAUUGCUGUGGAGAAUCAACUCUCUGGAAACCUUUUGAGAAAAUUCAAGAACAGCAAUGGGUGGCAGAAGCUGUGGGUGGUAUUCACCAACUUCUGCAUGUUUUUCUACAAAUCCCAUCAGGACAAUCAUCCUUUAGCUAGCCUUCCUCUGCUGGGUUAUUCUCUUACCAUUCCUUCCGAAUCUGAGAACAUCCAUAAAGACUAUGUCUUUAAGCUACACUUCAAAUCCCACGUGUACUAUUUCAGGGCAGAAAGUGAAUACACAUUUGAACGGUGGAUGGAGGUAAUCCGAAGCGCCACCAGCCCAGCCUCGCGCAUCCGGGUUCUUAGUCACGAAGAGUCACAUGUUUAUUGACAACCCCCAACAAGUUGUUCAUUCCAGCAGUUGCUGCUUUUCUAGAGGACAUUUUGGAUUUUAUUUUCUCCUUUUAAAGUUUAGUAAAAACACAGAUUUGUUUUAAAAAAAAGUUUUGGAGCAGCUUUUUUGUAAUAUUGCCUCAGCAGGAUUGUUUACUAUGAUCGGCCAGGUGACAAGUUACACGUCUCGUAUGUUGUCUUUUGGUGUGGUUUUUUUUUUUUAAAGCUUGUGCCAGUAUUAAAAUAUUGUCCUUGGAGUGCCAAAUGCCAAAAGACAUUUCCUUGCCUCAAAAGUUUGCACCGGAAAUAUGGUACAGUUUUUUUGUAGUAACUUCAUAUUUGGUAUUUUCCUGGAGAGCAAAUGCCCUUUCUUCUUUGAAA